GGAGCGGGAGCCGCAAACGCCGGGCGCACAGGAGAGCCGCGCGCGGGCUUCUCGGCUGGCGCGCCCCACCGAUCAUGAGCGCCUCCUGCUCCGGGAGCAGCCGCGGCUCAGGGCAGACGGUGCAGCGCCUCUGAGCCCCAGCCGGAGAGCCCGGGCGCCGCGCCGGGAGAGUUGAGGAUCAUGGCUGCGGGAAAGUUUGCAAGCCUUCCUAGAAACAUGCCAGUGAAUCACCAGUUCCCCCUGGCCUCAUCCAUGGACCUCCUGAGCAGCAAGUCACCUCUCGCUGAGCAUCGCACAGAUGCCUAUCAGGACGUGUCUAUACACGGCACCCUUCCACGGAAGAAGAAAGGGCCUCCUCCCGUGAGGUCCUGUGAUAACUUCAGUCACAUGGGGACCCUGCCCCAUUCCAAAUCCCCAUGGCAGCACUCACCUCUGAGCCAAGACGUCAUCCAGGAGCACCCACUGCAAGACUGGAAAGGCAAAACGUUCACCUUCAGGGAUCAGCAUCUUCUGGACCCAACUCUGGAAUAUGUGAAGUUUUCAGAGUUUUUGGAUUUUGGAAUGGCAGACGGGAGUUGUGAAGCUGUGUUUACCUUCACUGGAGGACUGAAGGCUCCCUGA